GUUGACUGUAUCCUUCCUACGUGAUGGUGUUCUGUACGUGACAUGUUUAAUUUUUUAAAUGUCUAUGUUUUGCUGCUUGCUUGUGGUGAUGUCCGUUAAGAAAUAAACUGAAUUAACUAAGUAAAAACUGAACAAGAAGCGUUUAAAUUGUAUUUUAUACUUAAUUAACUAUCAAUUUUUAUUUAUAAAUUGAUCGAGAAGCUAAUUUUAAGAUGCCUAGGACCAAGGUGACCAAAAUAACAAAGAACAAACCUGAUGAAGAAGGAAUAGAUAAAAAAUUGUUAUUUGCAGGGCUUUUAGAAGAAAGAAAAAAUUUUGAAUAUGAACUGAAGCAGUUGCAAGCAAACUUGUCAAUAUAUACUGAUGAAUUCUGGGCUGGUCUAUUAGGAAAAACAAGGAGUACACUUUUAAAUUUGAAAUUAUGUGAUUUGGGAAAAAUAACUUCAUUGUCACUGGAUUCAACAGUUGCAAUUGCAAGCAAUAAAUCCCUUUUAAAUCCAAUUAAAAGUUCUACAAAGAGCAAAAAUACAAUUUCUAGAAGUUCAUCAUUCGAUGAAGGAUACCUAACAACCGAGAGUUCUCGUUCAGUUAGCAGCGCAUCACAGAAGAGCAGAGGGCGUACCAAAACGCUCAGACCUUCAGAAAGAAGGAUGACUAGAUCUUUAUCCAGAAAUUCAACCCACCGUUUUUGCACUCCUUCAAAUAAAGGAAAACCUGAGGAAUUCGGGGCAAUUACACCGAAGUGUAAACCUAACUCCGCUCAAAUUCUUAUGAGACGUCCCAAGAAAGGCGAAAUAGCGCUUUCUUUUAAAGGAAGUCCUCUCCUGGUCAAUGGAAUCGCUGAAGACAUUACGGCCAACAUAAACAUUCCACUUGAUGAUGGAUCAAUGUUAAGCUUGCUACCACAACGGGGAUUAAGGAUGUCUCAGAUCCCCCCUUUGGACAGUGAAAUGUUAAGACAGUUAGAAACAUUACACCAACACAUUGACAUGGUUUUAAAUAAAAAUGGUUAAAUAUAUUAUUUGUAAAGAAGUGAAUUUGUCUAUGUUCUUUUACAAAUUUUUAAAUUUCUGUUCAUCAGUCUUGUUAUUUGUCUCACUUUUUGCAUUGUAUAAUUUUCUUUGGUAGAGGUAGUGGAUUAUCUCAUGAAGGAUGCAACCCUACACGAGUUUAAAGCCAAACUGUACAUUCAUGCAGUGUUGCAUCGUUUGUGAAAUAAUCUCCUAAUAGCAUUUUUCCAAAACGCUAGUACCAUUUUUUUUUCAAUUUCGUCUAUAUUUAAUUAUUUUUAAUUUUAUUCUAAUUUUAAACAUUAUCUUAAUUUGUUUUUCCUGCUAGUUCCCUCAAGGAG